AUGCUCCACUUUUUUAGCAGUUCUUACAGGGAAUGUACCAUUUUUAAAAAGAAACACUAUUACAAUUCCUUUUUUUUUUUGAAGAAAUCUAUUAGCUAUACACAAUACAAUAUAAAAAAUACGGACUCAAAUUAUUACUUGUAUGAAUUAUACAGAUCUAUAGAGAACUGUAAAAAUGGAAAUUUGUUAUAUAGGUUAAGUCAUAAAGCACUAACUUAUCAAAUACAUGAUUUGUAUUUAUGGAGAUUAAUUGAACAAAAAUUUUAUGAGUUACAUAAAGAGUUAACACCAAAGGAAAUAUCAUCAAUUAUAAACUAUUUUAAACAAAUAAAAAUUAAUGAUAGUAAAAUAUAUGAAAACAGUAUUGAUAUAAUAUUAUCAUCCAUUCAUACUUAUUCCCUUCAUGAUUUGUCCGUAAUAUGUUUAUCAUAUACGUAUUUUAAUAACAAGGUAAAUACAGUUUUCAUUAAUAAAAUAGCAGACGCAAUAAUAAAGUUAUAUGAACAAGAAAAAAGUACUAUUCAUAAACUUACUAAAAAGGAAUUAUACAGACUGCUCAUUUCUUAUGUACAUAUUAUUGGAGCAUACAGUAAAAUAAGGCAUAAAAAUAUUGAAUUAUUUAAAAUAGCUUCUAUAUAUAUUUAUGGUGCCCUAACCACUGAUAUAACUAUUCCCGCCAAAAUUAUUAUAAAAAUAAUUAAUUCCUAUUCCAAUGUAAAAAUUAAGCAUAGUAAAAUAUUUGACUUAAUCGCAAAAGAUAUACCUACUAUGAAAAUCACAGAUGAAGAAUUAAAAGUUAUAAAGCGCAAUUUCGAUGAACUAAAAUAUUCCAAUGAAACCCUUGAUAAGUACAUUCAAUACAGGCUGUCUUGA